CAGGCCAUAGAGAAAGAAGACGCCAGUACCAGGGCGUAGGAAUAACAGGUCUGUUCUGUACAUUUCAGACUCGGUGAAAAACUGGGAACUUUUUGUCUUCUCUUUUGGAUCGAAUUCCAGAUCUUGUAUUCUGCUUUGCUUUGCCUCAUAAAACCGAUUGUUCUUGGCUUCGUGUAAUAUAAAAAUACUUUAAAAUUUAAAUUAGCAAGUAUUUUCUCUGAGUAGAAGUAUUUUUUCCCCAAACUUAAAAGAGUCGGUGACAAGAGUUGCAAUCACUACAGCGAUGGGGCUAAAAGCGCUGGUGUUAUUUAGUUUUUUUACACUAUUUAUGGCGCAUAGUGCCUGCUCUGAAGGACAUAAUGGAAGCAUCGCAAGAGGUUUCUCCCUGGUUGAUCUCAAAGCAACCUAUGAACCUAUAGACUUUACUUACUUAGAUGUUAACGGCGGGGAUGGAAGUGGAUCUGGAUUUGAAGAACCUGAAAAAGACAUCCACCCUCAUACCAGAUCCCACAAAAAGCUGUCGCAAGAGGCCACACGAUUUCUCACUGGACCUUUAAUGACGGUUUUUAUCCCUACUGUUUAUACACUGGUGUUCAUCAUCAGCUGUCCCCUGAAUGCCAUUGCAGUCAUCAUGUUCAUCUUGAAAAUUCGUCCGAAGAAGCCAGCAGUCAUAUACAUGCUGAAUCUGGCAGUUGCCGACUUGCUGUUUGUCCUUCUCCUUCCGUUUAAGAUUUCUUACCAUUUCAAUGGCAAUAACUGGGGAUACGGACCUACAAUGUGCCGCAUAGUAACUUCUGCCUUCUACUGCAACAUGUACUGCUCUAUUCUCCUUAUGAUGUGUAUAAGUGUGGACCGCUUACUGGCUGUGGUUUAUCCCAUGAAGUCUCUCACCUGGCGCAGCCAACAGAAUGCCCUGGUUGUGUCUUUAGCCAUGUGGCUCCUUGCCAUUGGUGGAGUCAUGCCCAUUCUCCUAUCUGAUCAGACUGCCGUUUUACCACAGCUGGGGAUUACCACUUGCCAUGAUGUGCUGGAAAUCGAAAAGUUUACAGGCUACUACCUAUACUUCUUUCCAAUUUUCUGCUCCAUUUUUUUCUUCAUCCCACUGAUUUUUAUCAUUGUUUGUUACAUCCGUAUCAUUCAGUGCCUCCGGUCUGCCAAUGUUGCCAACAGGAGCAAGAAGACAAGAGCAAUUUUCAUGGCUAUUACAGUCUUCGCUGUUUUUGUUAUUUGUUUCACGCCGACCAACAUCAUUUUGCUCAUUCACUACGUGCAGUUUGCCACCGGGUACAGUGAUAAGUCCUACAUGGCCUAUCUUCUCUCCAUGUGUAUUGGCAGUGUGAGCUGCUGUCUGGAUCCUAUGAUUUAUUAUUUUGGAUCUUCACAGUGCCAAAAGCAAGUGAUUAGUCUCCUACAGUGUAGGAGUAAUCAAGAGAUGACCAGCAAUACACAAUCUGAAAGUAGCAGUAAAAUGGAAACCUUCCAAUCCAGGCUUAAUAGCCAAUAUAAGAAGCUGACGGCUUAAACUGGUAUGUCUGCUUGGUGGUCGGUGUCAAGAAAGUUAGUAAGUUAGUAAGUAUGUUCUACCAGUAAUACAGGACAACAUUUUGAAGGACAAAGCUGGAUACACUCUUGUUUUUAAGCUAUAUUUCUAGAUUUUAUUUUUCUAUACUUAAAUCUGAUAUAAAUGUUUGCCUAAACAGUAUUAAUCUUCAAAUAGUUGGUGUUAUCCUGCUGAAUGUGUAGGCCAGUGAAUGUGUAGGACAAUCAACUCCUGUCCUGAAGUGAUAUAAUCUAAAGUGUUUGAUGGAUCUCUUCAAUUCUCUGACAUUUUCAGACCUGGAAAAGGAGAUAUGUGUGUCAGCAAACAAGUAAUGCAAUGACAUAAUUACAAAACCAGGUAGAAUGAAAUUCAAAAGAAGCUGUAGCCCUCAAGGAUUGGAGUACACAACUUCUAGUGUAGGCCUUUACUAUAAUUAUACUGUACAGUAUAUGUAAUGGUUAGCUGAUGAUUUAUAUUAACCAAGUAAAGAUACUGUAUAUAAUGUUGCUCAUUAACACAUUCAAAAGUAUACUUUUAACAGUGUUUUAAUCAAAGCAUUAUCAUUAUGUUUAUGUUUUUGUACUCUUCUAUGAAAUGUGUGUUAUUACAUGCCUAAAGUAAGAACCAGUUCCAAAUUUGUGUAAAGAUCAACUUCAUUUGAGGGCUUUAAUUAACAAUAUCUCAAGUAUUGUCUUCUUCCAGUGUCUAUCAAGAUUUUGGAAUAUCUGUCAAUAUGGAAUCACACUGUGAUAAAAACAAAUACCAGUGUGAUUUUAUAUAUACUGUGUAUAAAAUGUUUUUAUUGUUUACAACAUACUUUCUAAGGUUGGUAUCCCUCAGGCGGGCCUGAGACUAACCUACCUAUUCUUUGACACAUGUGAUUUUGGUUAAUGUUUCAAGAAGCGGUCAAAUAAUACUGAUUGUUAAAACCAUCUUCAUUUUGUAUUCAAGGGGCUGAUCAAGUUCCAGCAUUUAAAAUAGUGAUAUUGAUAUUGCAAUAUUGAUAAAAAUAUAUCAUGACCGAGUUAUUCCCAUACCUUUAUUCCCAUUUAAAUAUGGAUAAAGAUGAAUUUGUAUUAUGACCUUAAAAACUAGACUGUUAAUUUUGGAAAUAGGAUAUUUGUUAUCACAAGAUAUUUGUCUUGUGAACACUAGAUAAAACAAUCAAAUUUUGUUUUCAGCUACCAAAAUAUUUUUUGGGGUUGAUGUGUUCCAACAUGACCUGCUAGUUUCUUUUUCUUAACAUUUGUUGUAUUGUAAUACAAUUCUUUGUGCGGUAUUUUUAAAACCUGUUCUGUUACUUUUAAUCUUAUAUUUAAUACACAGAUUUUUCAUGUACUGUAUAUCCUUACAAUAUUUCAAUUGUAAAUUUCCUUGAGCAGUUGUAUGGUAACAUACUGUAUCUACAGUAUACUUCUCUCAAGCCAAAUCUUUGUAUUCUUAUAAACUGAUUGUUUUUAGUGUAUGAUGUGGUCUUAAUAAAAACGACAUAUUUAAUUGUG